CUAUUAAGUCUGGGUAAAAAUUGACUUCCUUAAAAGAGGUCACAUCCUGUAUACUGUCUGUGUGGCGGUAUGUGUGUGUACAAUAGAUGCAGAGAGGCAGAAUGGAGGAUCUACCAGAGUAUCACGGAGACAUCAGUAAAAGAAAAGCAGAAGAGAUUUUGAGUGUGGCUGGCAGAGACGGCAGCUAUCUGAUCAGAGACAGCAAAAACUUACCGGGUUCUUACUGCGUGUGUGUGCUGUCUGGCGAGUGGGUGUACACCUACAGAAUCUUCAAACAAAAUGAUGGCUACUGGACGAUAGAGACAGCACCAGGGACAAAGCAAAGAUACUUUAGGAAAGUCAGAAACCUUAUUGCUGCUUUUAUGGUCCCGGACCAAGGAAUCAGCUUUCCGCUCCUUUAUCCUGUGAAUAAUCCAAAACAUCAACAAUAACACAAAGAUAAAAACCUGAAAACACAUAAUGUAUAUUUGUUGUAGAUAUUUGUAAAUCAUUGUCUUGUGUAAGUACAGUCUAAUGCACAGUUUGAACUGCCCAGUCGCUAUUUUGAUUUCAGAUUUGAAGGUUUUUUUUGUAAACAUGGAAAGCUCAUUUUCUCUUUAUAGAAUGUUGAUAAGAACAAGAGAAACGUGUAUUAUAAUGUCCAUCUUUGGUUUUCUGAGACUAGAUUCUUAGAUUAAAUUUUGUUUAAGUGUUUUAGAAUAAUUUUCAGUUAGCACUCCUGUUACAAUUAUGUUAAACAAUAAA